AACAAGUCGAUAGUCGAUAGUGGGCGACAAAAAAGAAAAGAAUUCCAAUAAUUUUAUUUGUGUGUCAGCGAACGAAGCCAGCAUUUAGUUAAUUAAUUAGUAUUGAGCGUGCCAGACAGCAAAAUGGAAGUUGAGACACCAGCAACAACACCAAACGAGCAGAGUCGCGAAUUUGCCGAUGUGGACAUCAACAACGAUGGCUCAGCGUCCGCCGCUGCAUCCGAUGAGGAAGAAGUUCCAGCGCCGGGCAGCGUAACGUUGGAGCAGAAUGAAAAUAAUGAUUUGUUCGUCUCAGCAAUGACCCCAAGCGAAGUGCAUCGUCGUAUUUCGAGUAGCAAUCUGGAAGAGAUAUUGACCGAUGAUGGUGAUUUGUUCAUACAAAUUGUUGUAUCCGAUCCACAAAAAGUCGGCGAUGGCAUGAGCUCCUAUUUGGCCUACAAAGUGACGACGAAAACAAACAUUCCGAAAUUCAAACGCAACGAAUUCAGCACUUUGCGCCGCUUCAGUGAUUUCCUUGGCAUCCAUGAUCUGUUGGUGAACAAAUAUAUGCGCAUGGGUCGCAUUAUUCCGCCGGCGCCAUCCAAGAACAUUAUUGGCAGCACCAAGGUCAAAAUGAGUCCACAACAAACAGAGCCGGGCACGCCCAUCAAUCAGGAAUGGAUAGAGAUAAGACGUGCUGCCCUGGAGCGUUUUGUCCAUCGCACAGCCCAGCAUCCGGUGUUGCGAGUCGAUCUGGAUUUUGUAAAUUUCCUGGAGAGUGAUCAGGAGUUGCCACGUGCCGUUAAUACAUCGGCUUUAAGCGGCGCUGGCGUCAUACGGUUGUUUAACAAAGUUGGCGAGACUGUAAACAAGAUCACGUACAAAAUGGAUGAGAAUGAUCCUUGGUUCGAUGAUAAGAUCACCGAGGUGGAGCAUCUCGAUGCGAAUCUGCAAAAAUUGUCAUCGGCACUUAAAUCGUUGGUCUCUUCGCGUCGUGAAUUAUCUGUGUUGACGGGUUUGGUGGCAAAAUCCGCCGCUAUGUUAAGCACUUGUGAGGAGCAUACUGGACUGUCGCGUGCGUUGUCGCAUUUGGCUGAUGUGGAGGAAAAGAUUGAGCUGUUGCGUUCCGAGCAGGCCAAUUCAGACUUUUAUAUACUCGCCGAGUUUAUCAAAGACUAUUUAGGGCUAUUCGGUGCCAUCAAGUGUAUAUUCCAUGAACGUGUCAAGGCAUUUCAAAAUUGGCAAUAUGCCCAAAUGCAGUUGUCGAAACGACGCGAGAAUCGUGGACGCUAUGAGCUGGCCAAUCGUGCCGACAAACUGGAUCAGGCGCAACAGGAGGUUGAAGAGUGGCAGGGCAAGGUGCAACGCUGUCAGCAACAAUUUGAUGACAUAUCGGCGGAAAUCAAGCGCGAAAUGGAACGCUUUGAAAUAAGCAGAGUGAAAGACUUUAAGGCAAACAUCAUCAAGUACAUUGAGGUUCAAAUGGCGCAUCAGCAACAGAUCAUCAGCUAUUGGGAGGCCUUUGCACCAGUUGCCCGAGAGAUCGUUUAACUUUGAUUUCCAACGCCAGUUGCAUUUUUAAAAUGUUUAACAAAUGGCGACGCAGUGUGCUACGAAAAUAUUCAAUAUUAUUAUGAAUGUGUGGGCCUCUGUUUUUUUUAGCGGGACCAAUUUGUCGUCACCUCUAACAACAAGUUAUUACCACUGACGAUCUUCGCCGCAGUUGGACAUUUUCCAAACGCUUUAAAUUCCUCUCAAAUAAUUGUUACCAUUUACCAAUGAAGGGGGUAACGAUUCAUGCUUGCAUAAAAAAAGUUCAACUUUUAUUACACACAUAUUUUUAUCCUUACACAGUAAUUAUUAUGAUUACUAUUAUUAUUAUUAUAAUUAUUAUUGCGAAAUGUUGCUUUUAUUUUUGUAAAUGUAUACAAAACGAGACAAAUGUUUAUUAUAGACGACUUUUUGGUGUAGUCUACAUAAAUGUCGCUAAGCGCUGAGCGAAAAAUAUUCUCA